AGCGGCGGGAGCUGCACUGGCCGGCGGUUCCGGCUGCAUUUCCAUGAGCGCCGCCGGCAGCCGCGGAGCCGCAGGAGCCAGACUGGGGGCCAGCUGGACCCUUGUUGUCACCUACGCUCAGCUUUUAGGUUAAUUUGAAUAAGAGAGCACCCCUGACCAGCCCAGCUGUACACUCUUCAAGGAUAAUUACUAUUCACAGUAAAGAGGAGCAAACAACAUAGGAUCAAGAUGAAUGCCAUGCUGGAGACCCCCGAGCUCCCGGCCGUGUUUGACGGGGUGAAGUUGGCCGCGGUGGCUGCUGUGCUGUACGUCAUCGUCCGCUGUUUGAACCUGAAGAGCCCCACAGCCCCACCUGACCUCUACUUCCAGGACUCGGGGCUCUCACACUUUCUGCUCAAGUCCUGUCCUCUUCUGACCAAAGAAUACAUUCCACCACUGAUCUGGGGGAAAAGUGGACAUAUCCAAACAGCCCUGUAUGGGAAGAUGGGGAGAGUGAGGUCGCCACACCCGUAUGGACACCGGAAGUUCAUCACCAUGUCCGAUGGAGCCACCUCCACCUUCGACCUCUUCGAGCCCUUGGCUGAGCACUGUGUUGGAGAUGACAUCACCAUGGUCAUCUGCCCUGGAAUCGCCAAUCACAGCGAGAAGCAGUACAUCCGCACCUUUGUUGACUAUGCCCAGAAAAAUGGUUAUCGGUGCGCCGUGCUGAACCACCUGGGUGCCCUCCCCAACAUCGAACUGACCUCACCGCGCAUGUUCACCUACGGCUGCACGUGGGAAUUUGGAGCCAUGGUAAACUACAUCAAGAAGACAUAUCCCCUGACUCAGCUGGUCGUCGUGGGCUUUAGCCUGGGUGGUAACAUAGUGUGCAAAUACUUGGGGGAGACUCAGGCAAACCAAGAAAAGGUCCUGUGCUGCGUCAGCGUCUGCCAAGGGUACAGUGCGCUGAGGGCACAGGAGACCUUCAUGCAAUGGGAUCAGUGCCGGAGGUUCUACAACUUCCUCAUGGCUGACAACAUGAAGAAAAUCAUCCUCUCACACAGGCAAGCUCUUUUUGGAGACCACGUAAAGAAACCUCAGAGCCUGGAGGACACGGACCUGAGCCGACUCUACACAGCAACGUCCCUGAUGCAGAUUGAUGACAACGUGAUGAGGAAGUUUCAUGGCUAUAACUCCCUGAAGGAAUAUUAUGAGGAAGAAAGCUGCAUGCGGUACCUGCACAGGAUUUAUGUGCCUCUCAUGCUGGUUAAUGCUGCUGACGACCCCUUGGUGCAUGAAAGUCUUCUAAACAUUCCAAAAUCUCUUUCAGAGAAACGGGAGAAUGUCAUGUUUGUGCUGCCGCUGCACGGAGGCCACUUGGGCUUCUUUGAGGGUUCUGUGCUGUUCCCCGAGCCCCUGACGUGGAUGGACAAGCUGGUGGUGGAGUACGCCAACGCCAUUUGCCAGUGGGAGCAUAACAAGUUGCAGUGCUCAGACACGGAGCAGAUGGAGGCCGAGCUGGAGUGAGGCCCCUGGACUCGGGUGCGCUCCAGUGGCCCUCCUCUGGAACCUGCACCCCACACCGGCUGUUUCAGGUCCCCCAUCUUCCUCAGUGACCUGGAUCUGACCUCACAGCAUUAGCAGGGGCCACCCACCAGGCAUACUUGUCCUGGAGCCUGCGGCUCUCCCCAGGAGCUCCGGGCUAUUUUUGUGUUUAGGUUACUGGUUUCCUCCAUUGCAUUGUUUGCCGUGGUGACAAGUGACAGGGUUCUCACCCACCUGUCCAGUUUCAGCAUUCGAUUGCUUUUAAGCCAAUUCCGUCUAGUUUCCCUAUUAAAAAAUGUGUCUGAACAGCAGUUUUGCUUUGCCAAUCGAAAGGCUUUUCCCUGAGAACGGUGCAGGAUGUAUGUUAGUUUUGUGGUGGUUGUAUGUGUCCUUAACGUAGACCCUGAAAAAAGUCACUGUUCUAGGCCGAUGCUGAAGAUGCCACUCGGCGUGGGAGUCUCCUCGGCCCAGAGUGGGGUCUCCUAUGUGGCAAAGGAAAUUCCCUUGAAUCACAAGCCAACUUUUUUCCCUCACUAUCUUCUGAGACAGUCUCCCCACACUUUCCUGGUGAUGAGAGUUACCUGGGGCGCUUGUUAAAAAUUCAGCCUCCCAGGUCCCUCCCCUCCUAGAGGCUGAUUCAGUGGGUCUGGAAAGGGGCCUGGGGAUUUUAAUUUUUGACAAGUGCCCCAGGUGAUCCUCAGCCCCAGGCAAAUUCGGGAAACACUGUUCUAAGAGGCCUUCAAAUUAGAAGUAUCUUGGUAGCACAUUUUGUUGAAAUUCACGGUCAGAGGCCUAUCAGGUCACUGCCCUCAUGUGAUCCCAGCGGCCUCUUGAAAAGAGCCCUGGCUGGGAGUGAAGCGUUUGGGCUGUGGCCUUGGCUCUGCUUCUCACUGGCUGUAUGAUCCUGGAAAAGUCCCUUGGGCUUUAGAUUCCUCAUCUGUAAAAUGGGGGGACUUACACCAGGUAGAUUGACGAGAUCACGACCAAUUCUAAAGUUCAAAUGACAAACUCAUUUGCUGAAGUCUGAGAGAACAUUCUUCCAGGGGAGCCUGGGAGUUAUUCUCCCAUCUAAGCACCUAGCUUUGGUGUCGUCACUUGCCUUUCUUUUUUGACCCUCAUUUCAUAUAAACAGGUUUGUUGUUUGUUUAUAAGCACUGAAUUGUAAAAAUUUUAUUUUUUUUUAACCCUGGUUCUAACUCUAGCUUUUGAUACCAGACAAUUCAAAAGUUAGAUUUGAGUCUGAAGAAAGAUAUUUCCAACCGAAGAAGGUGUUGUUUUGAAACCAGAGUUUUCAUUUAAUAGCCUAUAUUUGUAUUCUGUUGGAUAGAUCUUUCCAAAGUAUGUCUUCUCAAAUCUAAACAUCACUUGAGGUUUCAAGUACUCCUUUUCUCCAGUCCUGUGGCACUUGAAUAUCUAAAAACCCUGCACUUUGAAAAAUCUGCAGUUGCUAUCUGGAACUCAAUGGAACUACAUGUGAAACUGCCUGGAUACUUCAAAAAAUAUUUUCCCUGCUUCAUUUCCUUUGGCUCUAGGCAGGAAUAUGAAUAGUGGGUCUGUGUGGGCGUUGCAGGGGUACUGGGAGCCCCCCAAGUGCCUGAUGCAGAAUCCCCUGGCCACGGGAAGGCGUGGUUUGGGCAUUGGUCUAAGUGACUGUGAUGGUAACGUCUGUAACCCGAAGUCUUUUGCUGACAAUCACCAGAUCAUUCUAACAAUAUCUACAAAGAUUGAGAUUUCUAUAUAUUCUGUAUAAUUUCUCACUCACCAAAAUCUAUCAUUAUGACUUUUCACCCAAGUUAUUUCUCUAGUGCAUUUCCUUUUAGCACAAAUUGGCACUUUAUCAUCUCCCCCUCAAUUUGGAAGCAAGCCCCUCUCCUUCAAUACUUUUGCCACCACCCAACCACAGCUGUAAUCUAGAAUAUUCCUAGGCACAGUUCCCGGUUCAUUUCUCAAGACUUUUUGUGAAAGUAGAUAAACCAAGCAAUAACUUAGUAGGGUUGAAUCACAGGAAGCAAGAGGCUCCUUUCAUUUGCCUUAGGCCACAACUCUUAACCUGUUCCGACAAAUUGGUGGCCCAGGUACUAGCUCCAUUCAGGAGGGGAAAUCACCCAGAGUAGAGGUGGAGGGCGGAGGGCCGGAAACCCUGACCCUUCCAAGGUUGGCCCUUGGAGGCUAGUCCGCGAGGCAGUUCUGGUGGCCUCUGUGGGGGAGAGGCAGGGCUGGGGGCAAAGCCUUUGUUGCCACACAACCAGAAUUUAGCCCAUAGGACUUUGGCGGCUGUGUCCCAGCUGAAAUCUUUUUGGUGGGUGACUCUGAAUGGCACUUACGUUUCCUUUGGGUUCACAUGAAAUCAACUGAAGCCCUUUGUUUGAGAUUUAGGCUGUUAGGCAUGGAAAUGAGAGUGUGAUGGUGGCUGUCUUACAAGAAAAUUCUUGUUUGCCCUUGAAUGAGAGCACAGAAGCAUUUCAUUUUCAGAGACGCAAACUAGCCUAAUAAAUGAGGAGCAGCAUUCUAUAUGUAGAUCAUCUUUUUCCUUCAUUCAGUUUUCCUUGCUUUUUCUUCCCAGGGUCAUUCAUUUCUGAUGACAGUGUGAGUUCUCUUCUCGCUAUUAGGAUCCCAUUUGGGCUAAAACAAGGCUGAAUUUUCAGAUUAUUUGGAUAUUAUAUUUUAAAAUCAGAUAAUGGAUAUAAGCUUUAUAGACCUAGACAAUUCUGUUGUAGAAAUAACAUCUUAAACUCAGGGGGGCAAACACCCACAUUUCUCUUGGUUGUACUCCCUGCCUCCUAAAAAAUUUGAAGACACUGAUGAGUGAACUGAUCCCAGUCAAAUUCAGAUUAUCUGAUUUGAGAAACAGUAUCAAAUCUCCUUGAUGCAUUCAUGUUAGAAGGUAAUUUAAAAGACUUGAAGAAAAUGUAUCAUCUUUCCUGGUGUGUUUGUACCAUUGAUUCAAGAGCUCUGCAGUUGUUGACAGAAAGUUGUUUGUUACUAUUAUAUUCUUUUAGCCUCUCUACAGCAUUUGACACUCACAGGGGACCUAUGACAUACCAUAAGGGUGAAAAUAUACCUGAAAGGGAAUGUUCCUGUUCCGACUUGGCAUUAUGGAACCAGGAUCCAUCCAGGAGACCUCGUUCUUCUCCUGUCUGUAAUUUAUGUUCACUUGUGAGCAAGUCACUUCACCUCUCUGAGCCCCAGUUUCCUCAUCUUAGACCAUCUCUAAGUCCCCACCUGUAAGACCACUUCAACCAUUUACACAUCGUUUGCCUGAACAUUCCCACUUGGCUUCUCUCCAGCCUUUGCACUGAACGUCAGGUGUGCCAAGGCUCAUCUUGAAGGGGUUGGGAGAGAGGGAGUGCUUCAGCAUUAAGACUUUCCUGGUGAAGACCCUUAAGUUGUCUGAAGCCCUUUGUCCUUGACUGGCUUAUUUUCAGAGCCUUCAUUGUCCUCGGACUAUCUUGCUAUUCUGAGGGUGGUCUUGUGAUUAGGGCAGGUGUUGCCACUGGAAUGAGUGACAAUCUCCAUCCUUCACUGUGACUCCAGCAGAGCAUUGGGAGUUCCCAGGCAAAAAUCCUUCCUGCUCAGGCUUUCAUUCUAAAACCACAGCCUUCAUUCAAGCUGAAUUUCAAGCUUAUAUGCCAGGCAUCUGAAUAAUAGCUCUCUUUGUAACUGUGUGACUCGAGAUCCAUUUUGCCAGCACCGGGGAAACAACAAUGCAUGUGUUCUUGUUUGUGUUUUCCAGGCAAGCAGAUGUCUGAGAUGUGAGAGGUUUUUCUUUUCCUGAGGCAUUGAUUCCAACUUAGAGCUGAAGUAUACAGAUCACUGAAACAUCGUCUUGAGUUAAAAGAACUCAUAGGCAGGACAGGAGGGUUACUAAAGAAGCAUUUCACUGCAGCAUUCUAUCACGAUAGCAUCGAUUUUCUUUGUCCAGAAAGCCUUAGCUUUCCUCUAGGAAAUCUCCCUGUAUUACAAUAUUAUAGCAUCAAAAUUCAAAUUCUGCUGCUGUGGAAGGCUGAAGCGAAGCCACAGCAAAACCGGAGAAUUUCCUCAAGUGGCCUGUCCCCUCCUCGUUAUGUCAUGUCCCCCAGCCGUCACAAUCUGGGUGAUCCAAAACUGGCCCCAAUGCCUCAUCUCUGAUGCCUUUCUGUCAUUCUGUCUUGCUCGGUUGUUCAAAGCCACUUUGGAUACUUGGACACCAAAAAGCCUUGAAAAGAGGCCUGGCUGUGGCAUUUAGAGACCAAGCAAUUGAGGGAAAAGUUUUUUUCAACCUCUGCUAUCUAAGCAGAGGGAAGUCGUGUCCCCCCCCCCCCCCCACCUUUGUAAACUAGGAUUGCUUUGGCCAAAUUGCAUUUGAAACGAAGGAAAGGGGAACUUGCCCUGCUGGCCUAGAUAACUGGAAUGCCAUACCAAACAAAGGCUGCUUCCUCUUGCCUGUGUCACCACUGCUACAGCCCCUGGAUUCUGUAGCCCAGGCAUUCCCCAGCAGGGUCCCAUGGAAGUGGGCCACAGAGACCACCUCGCCAGCCAUCUCAGCCUCCCAGAGGUCCACAGCUGCUCCUUUUGGAAGAUUCAGCCUCCUGUGUUUUUUGAACUGUUUUUGCAAACGUGUACGUGAGGAAAGCUUUCAUGUAUCUCUAAUGAUAGCUGAAGUUAAUUUCUAACCAGUGGAUUAAGUGUAACAUUCCAAGUUCCCUGAAGUUCUCAGCUUUUAAUUUGACGCCUAUCAAUUAAUAAUAAAAUCUAUAAACUCCCAUCUCCCCAUUUUGGUCCCCAUUAGCCAAGAAAUUCACUUACUGCCAUACACUGGGCACAAUCCACUUAUAGCACUUGCAUAAAUACCCUUCAUCUCAAUGGGCAUCUCCUUUCGGAACCCUCACAUUGAGCAGCCAACAGCCACCUCGAAUUAUAACCCACCCCUAGGUCCCCGUGCUGGCCCUUCCCUCCCAGGCUGUUCAUGUGGGUGGACAAAGUUCCUGGGUGUAGGAGUCAGGUUUUGUUUGCUUUUUGGUUCGGCCUCCUUAGUUUUCCUAAAGCACAAGUCCAUGUAGAAUCCUGUCACCUCUCAACAGUUCCAGAUGACCUGGGUCCCUCCCACUGCCUCAGGAAGACCUUCACUGUACCUGAGCUUUUUGACUUCUGCCACUGCAGCUGCCUUAGUGACACCGGGGUGGGGGGUUUGGGGGGGCGGGGGGUGUGUGUGGAGCAAAUUUGCAUCUCUCCUUAGCCCGGUUAGACUCUGUUCAACCACAUUUUUAUGUUGGCAGAUCUGCUUCCAGAUUGGUUUUUGAGAACCAUCACUUUCACAUUCCAAUUCUGCUUUGUUUUGUUUGGAUUUCCCAAAACUUAAAAUGCUGCCCUGAAAAUAUUGUAUUUUGAGUUUGUGUUCUGAAAGCCUCCCUGCUGCUGGAUCUUUGUGGGGGGAAAUACAGGAUCCUCCAGCACUGAGGUGUUUAAGAUUUGCAACUAGCAAUGCAAUUUUUUUCUAAAUAUGAGGAUAUUUACCUUUAUUAAGAAAUUACACUAAACACUGAUGUUCUUGAUCGUUUUAUGUUCUCAUGUUACUUUUGGUUCUAUUUGAUUCUGUGUGGUGGUAAACAAGGAUCAUUACAAACAAAAAACUGUAAUUUUGUUAUCUUUGAUUCAACGGAAUUUCUUUACUUAAAAAAAAAUAAAAGCUAAAAAUGA